UGGCCAACAGCAGCAGUAACACCAACAAAGAGAGUCCCUCACGGGAAUCUACAAAUUCAUCAUCCGCCCGCAUAUCAUUACUCACCGAUGCUGAAUCAUUCUCACGCGACUUUAGUUUGGGUAGCCUAAAUUCGGCCGUAAGCCAAGAUGAGUUCUUCCGUUGUACGGAUCAUGCGGAGAGUGUCUUGAAGCGAAUGCAAUUGUAUUUGGAAAAUCAUCAAUUGUGUGAUGUCGUCUUAAUUGCAGGCAUAGAUGGCAGACGAGUGCCUGCACAUCGUUUAGUAUUAUCCGCAUCGAGUGCAUAUUUUUCAGCUAUGUUCACAGGAUCUCUGAGAGAAACAAAAGAAGAAGAGGUAACACUGGGCGAAGUCCAUGGUGAUGCUUUGCAAAUAUUGGUGCAGUACUGUUACACCGGAUUCAUAGAGCUGAGAGAAGAUACUGUCGAAACCCUUCUCGCCACCGCUUGUCUAUUGCAAUUGAAUGCCGUUGUCACUGCCUGCUGUAAUUUUCUCGCCCGACAAUUACAUCCCUCUAAUUGUUUGGGAUUUGCAUUUUUUGCCGAACAACAGAGCUGCAAUACAUUGUUGCAGUUGGCCACAGCCUACACAUGUCAGCAUUUCAUGCAGGUUUGCAAAAAUCAGGAAUUUUUCCAAUUGAAUGCCGAUCAAUUGGCCAAAUUGCUGGCAAGUGAUGAUCUCAAUGUUCCAUCGGAACAGGAUGUCUUCCAUAGUCUAAUGUCAUGGAUACAACACGAUCCGAAUAAUCGUGAAAAACACAUUCCCGAAUUAUUGGCAUUGGUAAGACUGCCUCUUUUACCGCCAUCAUUCAUAAUGGAUCAUGUUGAGAGUGUUUGUGCCUCAAAUGAAUGCCAACAAUUGGUAAUGGAGGCUCUCAAAUGGCAUUUACUACCAGAACGAAGAUCUCUCAUCUCAUCGGAACGCACAAAACCUCGAAAGUCAACAGUAGGUAGGCUGUUGGCAGUUGGUGGAAUGGAUGCCCAUAAGGGUGCCAUUAGUAUAGAAAGUUAUUGCCCACGUCUGGACAAGUGGACUGCAUGGAAAAAUAUGUCAGCCAGACGUUUGCAAUUCGGAGUGGCUGUUAUGGAUGAUAAGCUGAUAAUAGUGGGUGGCCGUGAUGGCCUUAAAACCCUCAACACUGUGGAGAGUUUGGACUUGAAUACCCUAGCAUGGACACCAUUAAAUCCAAUGGGAACACAUCGUCAUGGUUUGGGUGUUGCUGUACUGGAGGGACCAUUGUAUGCUGUUGGCGGUCAUGAUGGUUGGAGCUAUUUAAAUACAGUUGAAAGAUGGGAUCCUGUGGCCCGCACUUGGAGUUAUGUAGCUUCUAUGUACUCAAUGAGAUCUACAGCGGGAGUUGCUGUGUUGGGUGGCCGUUUAUAUGUUGUGGGUGGACGUGACGGGUCUGUGUGUCACAGAUCAAUUGAGUGUUAUGAUCCUCACACAAAUAAAUGGACAAUGCGUGCACCCAUGAAUAAAAGAAGAGGUGGAGUGGGAGUUGCUGUAGCUCAUGGUUUUAUUUAUGCAUUGGGUGGUCAUGAUUGUCCCGCCAGCAAUCCAUCUGUAUGUCGUACUGAUACCGUUGAACGGUAUGAUCCUAGCACUGAUACCUGGACUCUAAUUUGUUCCUUAAGCAUUGGCAGAGAUGCGAUUGGUUGUGCAUUACUGGGAGAUCGCUUGAUGGCUGUGGGUGGUUACGAUGGCAAUCAUUAUUUGAAAACCGUUGAAGAAUACGAUCCAGAGGCCAAUGAAUGGACCCAAGUAUCACCACUAACCUACAGUCGGGCAGGUGCCUGUGUGGUGGCCAUUCCAAAUAUAAUUCCUUCGACACCACCGCUUGCCAGUUCAACAAAGGUAUGGAAACCAGUGAGAUUGAACCCCAUUUGCUACCGCCGUAAUGUGGAAUUUGUGGAUUAUUAUCAUCUAUAAGAAUGUGAAUAGUUUUUUCACUUGCAACUGAUAUUUUUCUAAAAUUUUAUCUUAGUAUUAGCCCAAGAGCAUACGUAUUAUAUUUAUAGCAAUAUAUCAAAACAAAAAAUGAUAUUUUAUAAUUUUAAUCUUUAAA